GUAAAAAUGAAUUUUGCUCCGUGUAUCUCCUUUACAAAUACCUCAAGAAUUUUCUUUAUGACUUUCCAUUAUCAAAGAACCUUCCUGCCACAUGUCCCUUAACCAAAUAGCUCGCAAACAGUUAAAAGCCAAUAGACAUGUUUCACAUGGGGUUAAUAUUACAACAUUGUGCCUUUGUGUCUUCUUGGAGACGAUUUUGUAUCUUAAAUACAUUUGAUGUGUCAUAAAGCUGGAAACAUAACAUGAAAAUGAAUAAGAAAAGACAGAAAAUGUCAUUAACUCUUGUCACAGGGUUAGAGAUGGCCUGGGUGCAGCGUCCUCCAGAGAAAGUCACCGAUGGGGAAGAGUUUAAUGUAUCCUAUUCUGUCACUGCUUCAGAUUCCUUUUAUGAAUAUGCAGUCAAAAACAGGAUCCUACACUUCAGUAAUGCUUCAGAGGCUAAAAGAUUUUGCUAUGAACAUGAAUGUCCCUCUAACUGGAACAACGCCAAUGAGCACAACUGCUGCGUGUAUCAUGCCAACAUUCACUCUUGUCCGCUUGGGCUUAUGAGAGGCAGAGGGAUUUGUGGUCCUUGGAUCCCAGAUGAUGGCGAGAUUGUCACUCAUACUGUAUCUAAAGCAGGCAAGAUGAGUCAGCUUCUCUGGACCUCAAAGGUGGUGCUUGUGCACUUGGGAGUCACAUCAGUCAUUGCCCAUGUCAAGGUAGGACAGAUGCAUGCUGCACUGGAAUCCAAGGUGCUUGUCGUUAGUGCCCAAGUGUGCGGAGAUGACAUCUGUGAGUUAGAGGAGAGCUGCCUGACAUGCCCUGCAGACUGUGGUGUCUGUCCUAUGGCCACGUCCAUCAAGAUUGCCAUUGGACUCCCGGUUGUCCUGAUCUGUACUGGUUUCAUCUUAACUGUAGUGUGGCUGCAAUAUCAAAAGCAGAAGAUGUUUUGGGAUGAGAGUUGGAUAAUCAAUUACAAUAAUAUAAUGUUUGGUAAGAUCUUCCAGGACCAUAAUAAAUUAGUAAAGUUCACCAGGUACUUUUAUUGUGCAGUCAGAAAAGGUAUGGUAGGAAAUGUGUGUUUAUUAGACUGGUUUGGCUGCACAAUAAAGGUUUCUAAAGAUGGUGACAGCUUUGUUGUGCUCACAGGCAAAGCAUGCUACAUGGGCUUCUGUAGCACAAUGAGUCUACAGCCAGUGAAGAGCAACUCCAGCAUCAGCCGGGCCACGGAUGUCACAGUGUGCACAGUGGUGAACGCCAGCUUCCAGCCAGGUUUCAUUCAGCCAGGCAUCUAUGAUGGAAGGACAGUGGCUGUGAAACACAUCCAGAAGAAGCACUUCACUCUCUCCAAAACAAUCCGGAAAGAAGUGAAAGAAGUAAGGGAACUAGAUCAUCCAAAUCUGGCUAAGUUUAUCGGAGGCUCCAUUGAAGUCCCAUACAUUUGCAUCAUUACAGAAUAUUGUCCUAAAGGAAGCCUGGCUGACGUUCUUUUGAAUGAAGAUAUUCCUAUCAAUUGGGGCUUUCGCUUAUCAUUUGCCACUGAUAUCGCCCGUGGGAUGGCUUAUCUCCACCAACACAAAAUGUUCCAUGAGCGACUUUAUUCCCGCAACUGCGUUGUUGAUGAUCGCUGGGUCUGCAAAAUAUCAGACUAUGGUUUGAAGGCCUAUAGAAAAGAGGACUCAGAAGUACUAAGCAGCACUUUCCACUGUGGAAACCUCUGCCGCAUUUACUCUGCACCUGAAGUUUUGUUGGGUAACACUAACAUCAUCCCUGCUGCAGCUGAUGUGUACAGCUAUUCCAUUAUUUUGGUGGAGAUAGCCACACGCAGUGACCUUAUCUCACAGGCACAAACUGAACCUGUGAAGCUUGAUAUCAUGUGGCGUCCACCUCUUCCUGAACUGAAAGCAGAGAAAUCAGACAGUGAUUGUCCUAAUCAAUUAGAGUACUGUGAGUUGAUUAAGAAGUGCUGGUCCCACAAUGUCACCUCAAGGCCAACAUUUGAGCAGGUGAAAAAGAUGCUGGAUAAAAUGAACCCACACAAAGUCAGUCCCGUUGAUAUGAUGAUGAACCUGAUGGAAAAAUACAGUAAGCACUUGGAGGCUAUAGUUGCUGAGAGAACCCAAGAUCUUCUCCAGGAGAAACAGAAGACCGACCGCCUGCUUUAUAGUAUGCUACCUAAACCGGUGGCUGAUGAUCUUAGACAAGGACGCACAGCAGAGGCACAAAGCUACACUAGUGCUACUGUGUAUUUCAGUGACAUAGUGGGUUUUACCCAGCUCUCCGGCUCCAGCACCCCCCACCAGGUAGUGGAUUUCCUUAAUAAACUUUACACCACUUUUGACGACAUCAUUGACAACUAUGAUGUGUACAAAGUGGAAACUAUUGGAGAUGCUUAUAUGGUAGUAUCUGGUGUACCAAAUGAGAAUGGCAUCAAUCAUGCAGGUGAAAUUGCCAGCAUGGCCUUGGAUUUGAUCAGCGUUUGCAAUGCGUUUAAAAUCCCACACAAGCCUACCACUCAGUUGAAGAUACGAGCUGGCAUACACUCAGGGCCUGUCGUGGCUGGAGUGGUUGGCACCAAAAUGCCACGCUACUGUUUAUUUGGAGACACUGUGAACACAGCAUCCCGCAUGGAGUCCACCAGUGAAGCUUUAAAGAUUCAGUGUAGUGAAUCUACAACUGAUCUGCUGCAUACUAUAGGAGGAUAUGUGCUGGUCUGCCGUGGCACCGUGCAUGUGAAGGGCAAAGGAGAGAUGACAACGUGGUGGCUGGAAACAAAAAGGAGCCCCACAGAUCUGCUUCACGAUGAAGAACCACAGAAAGGGCCUGUCCCAGUUAGCAACUAACCACAAACUCCACACAAGUUAUGUUCAUUGUCAUGUUCUGUAUUAGUAUGAUGAUUGUGUAAGUUAUUGUAGGUAUAUACUCUAAUCUGCAGGCUUGUGAUUUAUUAUUACAAAUGUGAGAUGAUGUUAGUGUAUUGGAAGUAACAAAGUCAUUGUAACACUCUUGGAUUUGGCCACCUCUCUGGUAGAAAUAUUGCUUGAAGGAUGACAUGUGUAAGGUCAGGGUGGCCAUGUGCUAACAGAGCGGGACUAGAACAAAGAAUAACUUCACAACUAGGUAGUGUUAACUAUAAAUUGCAUAACGAAUGUACAUUGUUUAGCGAUCAGUUUGUAACUAGCUAAUAACCGAACUAGAAUAUCCUACAGCAAGAAAAAUGUAUGGAUCACUCCUGAACAUUUUAGCUCCACCAAUGUACCUUUUAUUUCCCUACUAUUUUUUUUUUUUUUUUAGCUUGAACGCCAUUUACACCAUAGCAUACAUCGGUGGUUGGCAUUUGUUACAUUAUCACAAUACUGUAUGAACCAAACCUUUGAUAAUGAUAUGUGAUUAACAAUAUCUGACAGCCCUGACUUUAACGCUUUCCAGAGUGUCUUUCAGCAGCGUUGUUUUGUUACAAUGAUAAUUCAUAAUAUCAGGCAAUUUAUAUAUGUAUGUAUGUGUGUGUAUGUAUGAGUGU